AUGCCGAUCCCGGACCUUACAAACACGACAACCUUCCCGGCCUUUGACGGUCUCCCGAUCGAGGAAGACGGCGCCGCGCCCGGAAUGGACGCGCGGGAGGAGUGGUUCCUCGUCGCGCAGGUGAAGCAGAACAUGACCAUCACGAAGCCGACGGUGGUGGUCGCGGACCGCGCGGGGGACGAGUUCGCCAUCACGUUCGAGGACCGCGGGAUCGACCUGCGGCCGGAGUGUCAAACGAAGGAUUGGAAGACGCAUAAGCUUGAUUGCAAGGCUUUGAAGGGCAUGGUCAACGCGUGGGGGGUAUGA